AUGCUUCUGGUGACAAGGUCAAGAAUGAGCCACUCACGAAUAAUUUGUACUUGGAGGAAUGGGACUGUUUUGCUUCGGCAUCAUUUAAAGGUUCACCCACGGUUUGUCACUGGUGUCGUUUGGCUGGACACGCAAGGUCUAAAUGUCCGGAGUUGGCGAAAACCAAAUGCUUCUCGUGUCGUGGUAGUGGACAUACCGCCAAGUUUUGCAAAAAGAAGAAUCUUGGUGUUACGAAACUGCCUGUUUUGGAUAAGAUCCCAACUAAUCUUCCCUCCCCCACCGUUGAGAGCUCCACGUGUAUCCAUGGAGGUUGACAAUCACAUGAAUACUACCACUCCUGCUUCUUCGACGGCUGGUCCGAUGGUCGAAGUUACUAGUGGCGCUAUAAAAGUUCCUGGUGCCAAGCGCUCGGUUGUAGAAGGAAAAUCAUUUAAGAACUGUGUGGUACAAUGCAAUGGGUUUAGAUGCCGUCAGGGGUCUGUAAAUGGUAUAAAGGAUAAGAAGGUAAUCAACGAUGAUUUUAAGACGGCUAAUAAAGAGAUUCGAGUCGAGUGUGAAAAUAUGAACUUUGAGUUAAUUGUUAUAUGUAAGUAG